UCUACUAUAUAUAUGAUACGUUUAAAAUAAUGCUCAUAUAUGAUCUGUUGGUUUCUACGUCCGAUACGAACACAAUAUGCGAAAUAGUUGUACUAUACGUCUAUCGUAAUUUUGAUUAGGGCUUUUUUAUUCAUUAAUUAUUUAAGACUAACAUGGGUUCAGAUCUCAAGGGAUUCGCGACUUUAGAACAUUACAGUGACAAUUGCGAUAUUAUAAUUAGCAGCGACGCAAGUGCAGAGGUACAUCCUGUUUAAGCCGCCGCAAUAGUAAGAGUACCGCUGCAGAUUCCUAGGUCAAGAACGGAACUUCGUAAUUUUACUCAUUCUUAUGAUGAGCAUGCAGGCCAGCGAGAUGCAUGAGCGCGAUUUUAAUUUUCAGUGUAAUUUAUUUUAAACAUUUUAUUUCUGUGGCGAUUUUUCUUAAGUUCAUUUAAGUUUUUAUUCAAGCACCAUUGGUAAAGGGAGAGACUGAAUUUUCUGAACAAUCGCGCAAUAUAUAAAAUACUAUAAGAUUAGUCAUUAAAAAAAUAUGGUCGCGCAAAAAAUUAAAUAAAUAUUUAAACAACAAUGAAUUGUUGUUGUAGUGGUACUCAGUUUUGCAUUCAUAUAUGCGACGAACAUAAUUGUAUUUAUACAUGCAUUGUUGAGUUUUUAAUUGCAUGGCGUUUAGAUGUUUUAUUUAUUAAUCGAUUUUACUCGCAACAGUGCCACUCGACCUCGAAAUUAUAGGAUAACACACUGCAGUUACGAGUGAAUAUAUAGCCUGCUGGAACUGCUUGUUAGAUAUAGACUAAGGAAGGAAUAAUGAAAAUGGAUUUCCUUUCAGGACAUGAAUAUCACUAACCAACAAAUUCAUCAUCGACACGACGAAUCAAUCUUAAGCAAAGACAAUCAAACAGUGAACAAUUCGAAUAUGGCAUUGACUGACGAAUCAUUGCAAACGAUUCGACUUGGUAUAGCGGUGGUGUACAUUCUCAUUUGUGUGUUUGGGCUUUUCGGAAACGCCAUGUUGCUCGGAAUCAUGAAAUCCGUCAAGAGUUUAUCGGUUACAGAUCACUACAUUCUUAACCUUGCAAUUAGUGACGUCAUGCUUUUGACAACUCUACCACUAGCGACAGCAGAUAUGAUCACAGGGAAUCUUUGGCCAUUAGGCUGGUUCGCUUGCAAGUACAUGGUGUGCGUGGUAUAUUUCAAUAUCAGCGCUGGGGUGUGGACUGUUACCACAAUGACUAUAGACCGGUUUCAGUGUAUUGUACAAGCAAACAAAAUGAGGGGCAAACGAACGAAGGAGCGAGCGAAAAAAAUUCUAGCUGUCGUUUGGUGCAUAUCACUUGUUUAUACAUUGCCGGUUGUCUACUUCGCAGACAAAAGCGAAGGAGUCUGCACGCUCCAUUACGUCGGAAUGGGUUCACUAUCGGUGACUACAGUGUUAACCAUGCAUAUGACCUUUCGAUUUACCGUUGCCUUUGUAGUUCCUCUGGUUAUAUUGAUAAUUUGCAACACUGGCGUUGUUUGCUUUCUCAAAUCAAAAGACAGGUUGUUUUCCGGCAAGAGGUCGAACACCAAGCGCUUGGAAACAACAGAACAAGUCACGAGGAUUGUAACAAUGGUGACGAUCGCGUUUCUCAUUUGUUGGCUCCCUAACUUCGUAACAACCUUAAUUUUCGUGUUUAGUCCAGCAGUUCUUGGAGUUAUAGGGCCCUUGAAUCACCGAUACUAUUUGUUGUUCCAUUGGAUGACGGUUUGUCUUCUGUAUUUCAAUUCAUGUCUUAAUCCUUUCAUGUAUGCUUUGUUGGGAGGAAACUACAGAAACAAGGUGAAGAGUUUAUUCAAGACUUCAUGGCGAAGAAUUUCUCAUGUUGUCUCAUUUACCUCGUCCGACAAACGAAAAAUUCCUCUAAUAAAAUCAAAAGAAAAAAUGCUGGGAACUGGCACAUUUCAAGACGAGCAGACAGAUCUCGAAAACGAAAACAGAGUAGUUGAAGUCAAACCUUCUCCAAACAAUGCAACAAAGUUAGUUCAUGUUACAUCUCUUUAAACUGCUGAUAAUGAUCGUGAGCCAAGUGCGAUGUUAAAAAACAAAUACGUACGUCAUCACAUU